AUGGUUUCGAAUUCGCAAAUCGUAGAUUUGGUCAAACAUUCCAUGGCAAAGGAAGGUAUCCUAAGCCCAAGUGUAGAGUUGAUGGGGCACUUGGAAUCGGAAGGGUUCAUAUCUAAUGCUAUAUUUGUGAAGGCAAGUGGAUCGACAGUGGAUGGUGAAUCGAAGAAGUAUGAAUUGGUCGUGAAAUACAUAAAAGACACCGAAAUCUUCAAGCACAACAAUGCCGUACAACGUAUCUGCAAAUCGGAACACCACGUGUACAAAAACGUAUUUCCAGCUUUGAAUGAUAUCCUCGAACAACACGGAUUAGACGAAUCCAUAGCGGCACCAAGAUGCUACGGUUGUUACAAUGUAGAUAAUGUCUACGUGAUCGUUUUGGAGCACCUAGGUAGUGCUGGGUUUGAGGUACAGGACAAAACGCGGCCGUUAAAUCUCGACCAUUUGAUAUUGCUCUUAAGGGAACACGCAAAAAUCCAUGCAUCAUCUGUGGCCUUGAAAGUACAACAGAAGGAUUUGUACGAAAAAUUGAUGCCACUCAACGGUGACGUUUUGGAAAUGUCUUUCGAUAAUCGUGACGUCGUAGAAGUUGUGAACGAAUCUGCCUUAGCGGCUAUCGAUUCUUUCAAAGGCAAAGAUCAUGAUCUGUAUGAGAGAACUUGCCGUUCAUUUCGAAAAUUACCAGCUGACGUGUAUAUGGAUCUUCUGGAACUGAAUGCAGUGGAAGAAAAAACAGUUCUGAACCACGGGGAUUGCUGGAAUGAUAACUAUCUAUUCAAGUAUGAGGAUGGUGAUGGAACUCAUCCAACAAAUGCGAAGCUAAUAGACUUCCAAUCUGCGCAUGUCCAUUCCCCCGUAUACGAUAUAUCGAACAUGAUCUACUCCGUAUCGGAAGCCAAACCGGAACACUUUGGUGUCCUUCUGAGAAGUUAUCACGACUCCUUGACUCACUAUCUGAAGAGGUUGGACUGCGACCCUGAAUUUUUCACGUUGCAAGACCUGAAAGCCCAUUGGAAGAAGUACGCUCUGCGAGGGUUGAUUGUUGCCCUUUACACGAUGAGAGUUAUCAUCGCCGUGAAACCUGCAGAGAAGAAGCAGGACAAAGGGUUUCUAGGCGUAGUCUUGGAUGAGUCGCUGAAAGAGUUGUUCGAUCAGAGAGUGAGGUCUAUUGUGCGCCAUUAUUUCACUAGCAUGGAGAUAAUCGACACCAUCUAG